AUGAAUAUGAAAAUUUUUCUCCUAAUUUUCUUCCUAACCAUCCCCUCAGCUUCUUCUCAACGAAAAUCGGCUCUCGAAACUGCCACCGAAUUCGAGAAUCGAUUGCGAGAUCUAUCGACUGGAGAAGAUGCUCUUCACAUGCUCGCAAUGUAUUUCACACCGGAUUUUAUUUUCACCAAUAAUCACGGCAGAAAUUAUACAUCUUGUGAGUUUUUUUGAAAAUCCACGUGGCAAAUUCUCUUUUUCAGUCCAAUACACUAGUGGACCAAGGGCGCUUAUGCUUCAACUUAUUCAUUCAUCACCGGGCAUAAUCAUCUGUUCACUUGGUGCAGAUUUGUAG